AUGUUUCGAGACAAAUCUGCUCAUGUGGCAAAUCUAAAAGGUAAAGGAAUUAUUUACGAGGAUGAUGAUGAACCUAUUAGGCUCACUGAUCAGGAUGGCUCGCAAGUUAUAAAGGAGUUCUGGAUGUCUAUGAUUGGUAAGGUUCUUAAUGCCAAGAAGCAAAAUGUUGAGAAACUUUUGCAGACAAUGCCAACUCAGUGGAGAAUGGUUGAUCUUAUCACAUCGAAUGAUCUGGGAAAUGGAAAUUUUUUAUUCAAUUUUUCAUGUGAAGAGGAUCUUAAGUCCGUUCUUCGCGAAGGGCCAUUUCACUACAAUUACUGUAUGCUUGUAUUGGUGAGGUGGGAACCAAUUGUGCACGAUGACUACCCAUGGAUCAUUUCAUUUUGGGUACGGGUAAUUGGAAUUCCGCUUCACUUAUGGAAUGUCAACAACUUGAGGAGUAUUGGAGGCAUACUUGGCCACGUUGAUACUUUGGAACUCGAGGAGGGCCGCAUGCUUAUAGACAUUGAUUCUCGGCGUCCUUUAAAGUUCAAAAGGAAGGGUGAGUAUGAAGGAGAGGAGGUGACCAUUGAAUUCAAGUAUUAUAUGCUCUUCAAGCAUUGUACUACAUGCGGCCUGAUGUCUCAUGAAAGAGGGUAUUGUCCUACCAUCAACACUAACCGUCCUCAGUCUCUUAUGGACCGGGGUGGGGGUCUUUGCGCGAGUGCAGCUACCUAA